GCUGUGAGAGCGAGCUUGGGGCUUGACCGGGCCGCCGAGUUGUCCAUCCGCUUUUCUCGCCCUGAAACCCCUGGACCCUGCUCUAUCGAAGGUUGGGGAGAUCUUUGGGCUAAGAUAUUUCUGGGCUGAAUCCCCAGAGUUGAAUGCCAGGGAGGGAAGCAGCCUACUAGAUACUCGAGACUACUCGCUCCUCAUAGCAUAAUAUGAAUGUUCAAUCCCAUCAGCGAGACCAAAGAACGACGCGUGGCGGCAUAUUAUAGAUCCGUUCAAGUUGCUAUUACUAUACAGGAAUUGAUCCCUAACCGGAUCAGAAAUUUCGCUCGCUGGCCAGAAUGGCGUCCCGGGCAGCGUCUCUCCAUAAUAAAAUGUCCUCGGCAGCUUCUUCCCUCUCGCCCUUGUCGCAUCUCAAUUCUGUUGCGAAUCACGGUCGCGGUGUUAUCUCGUCUUUCUCCUCGAUCGGUCAUUCCCCCGCACGUUUGCUGCAUCGGCCACUUCACCACCGCGCAGUUCACGUUGGGCACCGUACAGGCAUCCGUGUCACCACCACCACCCGCUUAUACCCCCCCACCGUCGCCAACCUGGCUCCCUCACGCCCUUAUUCUGCAGCCACGACUCGCCUGAGUCUGAUUUCACGGCAUCUGCAGGAACACCAUCAGUCCUCCUACCCUCCGAUUAACACUCCCUACACGGCCGAACGAGAUUCGUUGCCUGCCUCGUCGGACGAUCUCCCAUAUACACCGCUGCCACGAUCACCACCGUCUCCUGUGCAGAAACGUCAAUUGUCCACCUCGUCUUCCGCCAAAAUGUCGACACAACCACCUCACCCGACCCUGUUGAUCCCGGGGCCUAUUGAGAUCUCAGAUGAGGUCUCGCAGUCCAUGGGACACUAUGCGCAAUCUCACGUGGGACAACCUUUCGUCAACACCUUCGGCGAGACCUUGACGCUUCUCCGCGACCUCUUCCAAACCACCAACCCAGCGUCGCAACCUUUUAUUAUCGCAGGCAGUGGCACUCUUGGUUGGGACUUGGUGUCGGCCAACUUGAUCGAGCCAGGCGAGGAUGUACUGGUACUACACAGCGGUUAUUUCGCCGACUCGUUCGCCGACUGUCUUGCAACAUAUGGAGCCAAGCCCAAGCAGCUCAAGGCCCCCAUUGGCGACCGACCGCAAUUGCCCGAGAUCGAGGCCGCCUUGAAAGAGAAGAAAUACAAGGCUGUCACCGUGACUCAUGUCGAUACCUCCACCGGUGUGCUGUCUCACAUCCAGCCUCUGUCCGAACUCAUUCGUCGUGUUUCCCCGGAUACACUGUUGGUGGUGGAUGGUGUCUGCUCGGUGGGAGGAGAAGAGCUCUACUUCGACAAAUGGUCCGUUGACGUUGCUCUGACCGCAUCCCAGAAGGCCAUUGGCUGCCCUCCUGGUUUGUCUAUCGUGAUGGUCUCGGAAAAAGCAAUGAACGUGUACAAAUCCCGCAAGACCCCUCCAGGCAGCUACUAUGCCAGCUUCAAGAACUGGCUUCGAAUCAUGCAGAACUAUGAGGCCAAGAAACCCUCGUAUUUCGCAACCCCACCCACGCAACUGGUCAACGCUCUCAACACCGCUCUGAAGCAGCUUCUUUCUCAACCCAUCGAGGCUCGCUUCGCCCAACAUCGCAAGAUCAGCCAAUAUGUCAAGUCGGAACUCACCAAGAUGGGCCUGAAGCAACUUCCUACAGAUCCCGCCAAUGCGGCCAACACCAUGACGGCCAUCUAUCUGCCUGAAGGCCUGACUCCUCCAGAGAUCUUGCCGAAGCUCAUGGCCAAGGGUGUUAUCUUUGCUGGUGGCUUGCAUCGCGAAAUCGCCGCCAGGUAUAUCCGUUUCGGACACAUGGGCGUGAGCGCAAUGGACGAAUCGAGAGGAGAGAUUGACAAGGCUCUUGAGGCUCUGAAAUCCGGCCUGGCCGAAGUUCAGAAGGCUAAGCAGUAGAGCGAACAGAUCUAAAAGCAUGAGCUCGGACGGCCGUUGGGCUGUACCAGUUCCAUCGCCGGUAUGUACCUAGGCCCUUAAUGAGCCUUGGAUUGGACUCCCUUGGAAGCAAUAUUUCUGUCUCUCGAAUAACCCAAUAGACAAUGAGAUAGCGCAGGGGACGGUCUACAGUGCACAUUACAGACCCAAAAUAAGACCUCGGUUGGAUAGUGAUAGAUAAAAUCAAAAUGCAUAGCCAGGGCUAGAUCAAGCAUGUUGGCCAUUGAUUUCCCAUACUGUGGACCGACUUAAAGUCACAAUACUACUAUAUUGUCACAACAAUGGGAGAUGAGAUUUUCUGUCCAUGAUUGCUGCUGCUGCUGUGGUUGUACAUAGAGAUGUAUCAUUUUUGGCCGGCCGAGAUCAGCCUCAACAGCAAGCCGAUCCAAUUCUCUUGUCCUUUUUUUCUCCCCGCGAGGAAUGGUGCAGAGAGCGGCCAGAACUCCUUCCGCGCCUCUUCGAUGAAAGCCUGUGAUAGUUUACUACCUCACGAUUCCUGCGACCACAAAAGAAAAGGGGGUCGCGAGAAACCGAUGCAGUGUUCAGUCUGACCGCCCUGAUAAUAAUGGUUUGUUCACGAGCGAACAUAUCAUCAUCAUAAUCGGCGCCUCGUGUAGGCUGUCUGUUUUCUUCUUCUUCAUCGUCGGACUCUCGCGGAGUUUCCGCCCCAAAUGGUACUGUAGGCGGGUGGGCGGGCUGGUUGGAGGUUCACUUUCGGUUCCACGCAGUUCUUACUUUCUGAAAUGUUGCCGGCUGGCUGCCCUGCCCGAUCGAGGCGGUCACAGGGAUUGAU